CACACACACACUAAAAUCUCUUUUUGCUUCCUAACCAAUAACAUUGACACUGAUUCUGCCUCCUUUACCUUCCAUUUCUACGUUAAUCUUUGACUGAAGAAAGCAGAUGUUUUGGGCCCGGAAAAGAAAAAAGGAAAAGUGUUGAGACAGAAUUUUCUGUUUGUAAAAAUCGAGGAAAGUGGAUAACAAAGAAUCGAAGAAUGGUGAGGGGUGAUUUGGGGGAUCCCAUGAGAAAGGCGACUGAGACGGCGACAACCUCGUAUCCUAGCUCGUCGUUUUUCUGGAAUUAUCCCUUGAUCUCUGCCCUUUUUGCCUUUGCUAUUGCCCAGGCCUCUAAGUUCUUAAAUUCCUGGUAUAAGGAAAACCAUUGGGAUCUGAAGCAACUCACUGGAUCCGGUGGUAUGCCAUCAUCCCAUUCAGCAACAGUUACAGCUCUUGCAGUGGCUGUUGGUCUGCAAGAGGGUUUUGGAGGAUCACUAUUUGCGACCGCAUUAAUCUUGGCAUGUGUGGUGAUGUAUGAUGCAACGGGUGUAAGAUUACAUGCCGGACGCCAAGCAGAGGUUCUGAAUCAAAUUUUGUUUGAACUUCCAGCUGAGCAUCCUCUUGCUGAAAGCAGACCUCUGCGUGAACUUCUCGGUCAUACUCCUACUCAGGUGGUUGUUGGUGCUCUACUAGGACUCAUUACAGCAGCAAUUAUAAAGUUGAUCAGCGGCCCCGAUGUCCAAACCUCAUAGUUUCACAUAUCGUCACCAGCAUUGUGAUUUAGAUACAUAUAUAAUCAGUACCAUAGAUGUAGAUUCUAGAUACAGCUUAUCAGCUUUUUGGUCCAAACUGUUCAGAAAAUGGUGCCAGCUUCCCAAGUCCCAUCGUAUUAGAUUAUGUCUUCUAUGUAUGAGAAGGGCAAGUUAGUAUAAAGGAGCAUUUCUGGAUUUUCAGUAUCUAACGUAAAUAGCAAAAUCAGUUUUAGUAAGAAAA